AAAAAAAAAAGAAAUGAUGCGCGCCACAUAAGAGUCCACGAUGUCAUUCCUGAUCUGUCCUCCUCCUCUUCCUCCAGUUUGGUGAAAAAAUUCCCUUCCUUUUCACUUUUCCGACUCCCACAAACUUCAAAGUUUGCCACCGCUACUGGGAACUCGCGAGUUCCAGAUUUUAUAUCAAAAGGUGAGUUAUAUACCCUUAUUUCUAUGUUUCCCAUUCCUAUCUACUUUCUCGCAUUUAUCAUUUUUUUUUUCUAUUUGUGUUUUUCUGUUGUUAUCUGGCAACUUCCACUUGUUGUACCAACCAUGGCAUUAAUUUGUUAUUACUGUUCAUAAUUCCUAGAGUUAUUAGUUACAUUAAUGAUCAAAAUUCAAUCUUUCUCACCGAAAGAGGGGGGGAUUUUGAUUUCGGGUUUAAUCUCACAAGUAGGCUAAAUUCGGUGAACGUAGCUGGUUCAAAUAAUUUGGUCAGGUUUUGUGACGAUUAAGAAUUCCUUUGCUGCUGCUGCUAUGGCUAUGCAUAGUUUCCCACCUCUGCAGACUAACACUUCUCAACUCACCACUACCCUCCUUUCUGUUCGUCAUCAUCCUUUUACUCCCAAUCCUAAUCCCAAUCGCAACAUUGUCACUUCCACUCGCCCUACUCCCACUCGUCCCUUGCUUCUCUGCCGAAAUCUUUCUCCCCAGCAGCCUUCUGGUAACGUCACCAGUGACGACGACGACGACGACGACGAUGAUCAGGACAAUUACAACCCCAACAAUAACAACAACAACAUUACCAAGACUAAGAUGAAGAAGAAGAAGAAGAACAAGAACAAGUUCAAAAAAACCAUGCCUACCGCCGAAACCAAAGUGGAAGAGAAUCUAUCAACUGCCGCUGCUGCUGUUGCUACCGACUCCCAGAAAUCUGUCACAGACUCAGUCAUGAAGAGGCUAGAUGACGUCAACCCCGUCGGAUUAGGCCGGCGGUCCCGCCAAAUGUUUGAUGAGGUCUGGCGUAAGUUCUCUGGCUUGGGACAGAUCUCCAGAACUACCCUUGCCAAUGAUGAUGCUUCCAUUAUUGGAGAGAGCGGUCCGUUGUGUGAGUUUGCCAUCCCCGGUGCUCAGAACACCACUGUACUUGUCAUUGGCGCCACCAGCCGUGUGGGUCGCAUUGUUGUCCGCAAGCUCAUGUUGAGAGGUUACACUGUCAAGGCUUUGGUUAGAAAACCCAGUGAGGAAGUGGUAAACAUGCUCCCUACUUCUGUGGGAAUUGUCAUGGGGGAUGUUGGCGAUUUUUCCAGUCUAAAACCUGCUGUUGAAGGUUGCAACAAAAUUAUUUACUGUGCCACGGCUCGUUCCUCAAUCACUGGGGAUCUUAACAGAGUCGAUAAUCAAGGAGUUUGCAAUGUUGCCAAAGCAUUUCAGGACUACAAUAAUGAAUUAGCUCAACUGCGAGCUGGAAAAAGCAGCAAAAGCAAACUUCUAAUUGCGAAAUUUAAAUCUGCUGAGUCGCUGCAUGGGUGGGAAGUUCGUCAGGGGACAUAUUUCGAGGAUGUCGUUGCUUCUAAAUAUGAUGGUGGGAUGGAUGCAAAAUUCGAGUUCACUGAAAAUGGGGAAGCAAUUUUCUCAGGUUAUGUUUUCACGCGAGGUGGCUACAUUGAGUUGUCGAAGAAAAUUUCACUUCCUUUGGGUUCGACUCUUGACAGAUAUGAAGGUCUUGUUCUAUCAGUUGGUGGGAAUGGGCGCUCUUAUGUUUUAAUCCUAGAAACUGGUUCAUCUGCUGACGCAUCUAAAAGCAAUAUGUAUUUUGCAAGAAUCAGCACAAAAGUUGGUUUCUGCCGGGUGAGAGUGCCAUUUUCAACUUUUCGGCCAGUAAAACCUAAUGAUCCCCCGUUGGAUCCUUUUCUUGUGCAUACCUUGACCAUACGGUUUGAACCAAGAAGACAGAGACCUAUUGAGGGACCUGCUGGAGUGAAGCAAGACUUGCGAAGUUUUAAACUGAUUAUGGAGUAUGUUAAAGCUUUGCCUACUGGACAAGAGACAGAUUUUGUUUUAGUUUCAUGUACUGGAUCAGGAAUAGAACCUAACCGGAGGGAGCAAGUCUUGAGAGCUAAGAAGGCUGGUGAAGAUUCACUGAGAAAAUCCGGCCUCGGGUAUACAAUAGUCCGUCCAGGUCCUUUGAUGGAAGAACCCGGAGGGCAGCGUGCUCUUAUAUUUGACCAGGGAAACCGGAUAUCUCAGGGGAUAAGCUGUGCAGACGUGGCGAUAUCUGUGUCAAAGCAUUGCAUGACUCAACUGCCAGGAACAAGAGCUUUGAUGUCUGUUACGAGUAUGUGGCUGAGCCUGGCAAACAACUCUACGAAUUGGUUGCACAUUUACCGGAUAAAGCAAAUAACUAUCUGACCCCCGCACUCUCAGUUUUGGAGAAGAAUACAUGAAGAGAUCCAUCCCUGCCGCAUCUUCCGCAUGCACACGAAAUCACAGUCAAUACGUACAAUUUUCUCCAUGUUAAUGUCAUAGUACUCUGGUACCUUUGUGUAUAUUUUUUUCUCCCCGCAAGUAAUAUACAGUUAUACACCACAUUCUCGUUGUCACAAAAACUUGCACCAAUUUUGAUAACCAUCAUUAAUCAAGUAUGAGUGAGGAAAAGAACUACAUCACCUUUUAUUCCCCCGUACGAGAGAUAAGCAAGGUUUUUUUAUUUUUAAAAAAUUCACUCCAGUGUACUUUUUAAGUGAGUAAAACUCUUCUUACAACUCCUGAUGGGAAUUGUCUAUUAUCAAGAAGCACAGCAACCUAAUCACUAAACUGUCAUUCAAUUCUCUAAAAAUUUACUGUAAUCAACGCAAAAAUUUAAAUAGGUUUUGGGCGCCAAAAUCACCAAGCAUAUUUAUUUUAUAUGAAUCUGAAUUACUUUCGCAGUUCAGAAAUUACUCACCUGCAGUUCCUUUUUUACAAUUUUGCCUCUAAACUAUUUUCUUUCUCCUUCCUUCUCCUUUUCCCUUUCUUCUUCUUCUUUCUCUUUUAUUCUUUCUUCUUCUCCUUC